UGUGCUCUGUGCAAGGACCUCCGAGCCCUCCUCUGCUCAGGGCGUGCACGCGUCGCCACCCAAAGCGAAGACAGUCCUAGGAUCAGCAGCCAGGCUCUUUGCCGUGGGUCCUGCAAUGACGCCCGGCAGUCCACGUGCUGGUGGUUCAAAGGGUUAGGGGGGACUACUUCAUAUUGGCACCUGGGUGUGGCCACCCCCCUGAAAUUCUCUGACUAUCGUUACUACAGCCACGAAUUUAGAAGCCGCUCGAUGCAACACGAGCUCCGCUAUUCCUGCCAGGGAGUUGGUGCUUGCCCUGCUCCGCCUGCAUAUGGUCAACCAGGUAUGGGCACCCUUUUGAUCCAUAAGAACCAGUACCAGACCUUUAACAAGGCCGUAGCCCAUCCGAAGUCUAAAUGGCAAAGCCUUAGUGCCAUCCCUAAACAUUCUUGGCUCUCUAGAAUCAAAUCAAGGUGUCACAGCCAAUCUGUAGCCAGCCAACACUGUACUCUUCUACCCUGGUGGCACCUACGGCAUACCCCCCUUGCUCCUGCACUCAGGAUUGGUGCUCACGGUUAUCACAUAACAAGUCUUCCUGCGGAGACUGAGCAUCAUGUGGUGGAUCUGCGCAGUGACACCGUGACUCGGCCCAGCCCUGAAAUGAGGCAAGCUAUGGCUCAGGCGGAGGUGGGAGAUGAUGACUACGGGGAGGACCCCACAGUCAAUGAGCUUCAGAGUGUCAUUGCUGACCUCCUGGGAAAGGAAGAGGCUAUAUUUGUACCCACUGCCACCAUGGCUAACCUCAUUGCUGUUAUGUGCCACUGUUGCAGACGAGGGGCGCAGCUUCUACUUGGGAGGGAGGCUCACAUCCAUGUUUUUGAGCAUGGAGGGGUUGCACAGGUGGCUGGAGUCCAUUCAGAGACAUUGCAGGACCUGCCAGAUGGGACCUUCAGGCUUGAUGAACUGGAGCAUAAGAUCCAGCAGAGCUACGGAAGUCAGUACUACCCCCGGCCUGAGCUUAUCUGCCUUGAGAAUACCCAUUGCUCAGCAGGGGGACGGGUCCUUCCCCUUCAGUACUUGCAAGAGAUGCAUCAGCUUGCACACCAAUAUGGGCUGAAGAUACAUCUGGAUGGGGCCCGGGUGCUUAAUGCCGCAGUGGCCCUGGGAGUGCUGCCAAGUCACAUCACCCAACACUGUGAUUCCGUCUCCCUGUGUCUCUCUAAGGGUGUGGGUGCACCAGCUGGAGCCCUGCUAGCUGGACGGAGAGAAUUCAUUGUCGAGGCCUGGCGUGUGCGGAAGCUUCUUGGAGGCGGGAUGCGCCAAGCUGGGGUUCUGGCAGCAGCUGCCCUUGUUGGAUUGAGACACAUGGAGGAAACACUGCGGAGGGAUCACAACAAUGCCAGAAGCUUUGCUGAAGGAGUCUACAACCUUGGGUCUCCUCUCUGCUCUAUAAACCCAGCCACUGUGGAGACCAAUAUCGUCAUGAUGACAACAUCGGGCUCUUGGCUGGCUCCUGCCAAACUGUGUGAGCUCAUGGAGGCUGUGAGUGAAGAGGAAGUUGCUACCACAGGCCAAGCCGUUAGCGUGCGGCUCUUCCCAUGGGGUGAGCAUUCCCUGCGUGCAGUCUGGCACUGUGAUGUCUCUGCUCAGGACACGCAGUUAGCUGGAAGCAAGUUGCGCUUUGUGCUGGACAAGUGUGAGCGGGAGCAGGUGCAGGUCUGCUGAAGCCAGAUGUAAACUGGCAUUUCUGAAACUCAGCAUGUAAGCCUGUGAUCGGUCAGCAGUGGCCUGGCUAGAGGAAGCAGAAGCCAUAAUAUACCAGCAGAGGCUCAAAGAAAAGCAGGUGUCUGGGUUUCUAUUCUGGCUCAACAACUCUUUUAUCCUUCUUAUAAGCACUGCUGGAUGCUCGGCUGAAUCAGCCCAUGACAAAAAGCCUACGGCCUCUCUUUGCUGACCCCAAUAAUCUCUUCCAUACUAAGCACAAAAAGCUUUUCACAGAAGGGGUUCUAGUCACUUAAUGACCUACCCACCUGUCCUGUUCCCCAGCCAAGUAACAUGGGUCCUCUUUUAGCCUUGCUUCCCCAUGAAGAAGAUGCAGGGCUUUGUUUCUCGAGGACGUACUAAGCCUGCUUGAGUGAGGACAUCUUCCAGCUGCGGCCUUUUGUGAGCCACUCUGGUGGUUGCGUUGUGGUUGGAGGAGUCCAGUUUCAACAGCACAAGUGGGGCCUACAUGCUUUGCACCACUCAAUUCAUGAGCACAUCUGGAAGCAGCAUCACUAGGUGGCUUUAGGGAAGGAUCAAGAGACCCAGCAGAGCAAACAGCCUGCAUUUGCUUCCCCUUGACUACUGUGCUGUAGCCCCUUACGGACACUUUGUGAAUGCCCCAAAGCAGAGGGCUGCUUUCAGUACCUGUGUUAGCUUUGGAUAAAUAACUGGGCGAUUAGGCAGGACAGCUGACUGGAACUUCCGUGGUCGGAGGCAAUGUACCUGUAAAUAUCAGGGGAGCUCUGGUGUCUUUGUGCCCUGCUGUAAGCUUUCUGGUUGGGUACUGUGGGAGACAGGCAUGACGGACUCAGAUGUCCUGCCCUUGGGGUGAUCCAGCAGGGCUGUCUGACAUUCUGAUGUGCCCUUUUACGCUGCCUGCCUUCCCAGCUCCUGUCUUGUCUGCAGCGCUGUAUUCUUCAU